AUGCGGAGCUCUAUAGCGACCUAUAGGGAGAGCCUCUGCCGGCUCGCUGGCGAGGUCGAUGACGCCACGGCAGACGAGAUCCCCGCGCCGUGGCCAUCUCGGCGCGGAGACCACGCCCCUACGCCUCCGUCGUCCGGGCGGCGGAGGCGGUACACCCGGCCGGACCCCGCCGAGCCGGACGAGAUUUCUAAACUCAAGGAAGAUAUUGAAAAAAUUCAAGCUUCUGAGGCUGAGAUAAAGGCAUUGUCCUUCAAUUAUGCUGCCAUGUUGAAGGAAAAGGAGGAGCAACUGGUAAAACUUCGUGAAGAAAAUGGCUCAUUGAGAAGAAGUAUGGAGAGCUCUAACUAUAAGGCAGUCUCAGGCAAUUCUAAUGGUACUUUGCAAAGAUCACCUAGCAGAAUGCAAAGGAACACAGAUCAAGAAAAAACGUCGAGUGUCUUAAAACAGAAUGGGUAUGGUGGUGGUGCUUCACAGGUUAUACAGAAAAAUGGUCCUCACCCAUUGCCAGUGCAUUAUAAGGGAGAUGCACUGGUGGAAGAAAGAGCAUAUUUUGCUUCUAAACAGGCUAGUCUUGAAAAUGAAAUUAAACAAUUGAAACAGCAACUCAGGUGCUAUUCAAACAAAGAAGAUGAAACAACAUGGAGGUUAGAAGAUGAAAACAAGAGGAACGAAUUUCUUCAGCAGCAGCUAAAUGAACUGAAGGUCGGUAGAGAGAUGGUAGCAACUACCAUGGAAGAGUUACAUAAGGAAUUAAGUGAGAAGAAAGCAGAGUUGAGAUGCCUGCAAGAUGAGUUGAGUACAAGGGACAAUGAGUGUGCAUCAGAUGGAUCUCUUCAGAGCCUUCGAAGUAUGGUGAUGGCUCUACAGAAGGAGAAUUCAGAUUUGAAGAUAGCGAAGGGCAGCCUUGACGAAGAGCUUGUUGAUAUGGAAAGCACAACACAAAAUGUUGACAAUAGUACUUCUGAUGUUGACAAUUUUUCUGAUGUGGGUAAGGUCAAGGACGAGAUGGCUUCAUUGAAGAAAGCUUUACAGGGUGCUUUUCACGAGCGAGACAGAGCAUUACAAAAUUUGUCUCGGCUGAAGCAGCAUUUGUUAGAUAAGGACCUUGAAGACCAAGAAAAGAUGGAUGAAGAUAGCAAAGUCAUUGAAGAAUUGCGGGUAAUCUGUGAGCAGCAAAGAGCUCAUAUAGUGCAGUUAGAGAGGGCAUUAAAGGUUGAGAUGACAAAGCAGGAGGAGAGUAAGAAGACCAUAAAUGAUGAACACUCGAGGUCAAAUGAACAGAUAGAAGAUCUGCAAUACAAGCUUGCAAACUGUAUGAAUGCACUUGAAUCAAAAGAUCAGGAACUGCUUAAUCUGCAGAGUGCCCUUGGACAGUACUAUGCCGAGAGUGAAGCAAAGGAGCGACUUGGGGAUGAUUUAGCUAUGGCUAGAGAAGCAUUGGCUAAAUUAUCUGAGUCACUGAAGGUGGCAAAUCAAGGAAUUGAAAUUUCAAGAAGGGAAAAGGACGAGGUAGUUGCCAAACUUACUCAAGCCGAGAAGAUGUUAGCGGACGGGAAGCGCUCCCUGCAGAAGCUUGAGGAUGACAAUUCAAGAUUAAGGCAUGCGCUAGAACAAAGCAUGACAACAGUCAAUAGGAUGUCACUUGAUUCAGAUAACUCUGUUGACAGACGAAUUGUGAUCAAACUACUAGUUACAUACUUCCAACGGAAUCACAGCAAAGAGGUAUUGGAUCUUAUGGUUCGCAUGCUUGGCUUCUCCGAGGAGGACAAGCAAAGAAUUGGUUCUGCACAGAGCAAUGUUGGUAAGGUUGUUGUCCGCGGUGUUUUGGGUCUUCCUGGGCGUCUAGUUGGAGGAUUUGUUGGUGGAAAUUCAGCAGGAAAAUCUACACAUGCACCCCAGGAUAACCAGUCCUUUGCAGAUCUCUGGGUGGACUUUCUACUCAAGGAGACAGAAGAAAGGGAGAAACAAAAAGCUUCGGAAGCCGCUGCAAGGCUUUCACAGGAAGAGAACCAAACUACCAGUAGGAUUGCAUCAAAUUUACAAGCGUCACAACACAUUGCAAAUCCUGGCCUUUCCACAAAGCCACAUCAGUGUGAUCGCCCAGAUUCCGAUGAAUUCCGUAUGUUUCCACUUGCGCCCAUGUAUACAUCCACGCAGACGCCUUUAAAAUGA